UCUUCCUCUCCCCGAUCUACUCCUUUCGGUCCUCCGCACACCCACCGCUCUGAUCGGCUCUCCUACACACCAUCGUCCCAAUCCCCACCUCCUUAUCCCAAUCCCCACAUCCCUGGCCUCUCCAAUCCUUCCAGUUUGAUGGCGCCAGCAGCCCAAGUGAUGAGAUCCACUUCUUGGGCGUGCGCAGAUCCAGCAUGGGCUCAACCCCCGAUGUUGGCCUUGUCGGAGCAGAGCGACCGUGUGCUCGCCAGUCUAGACAAUGGCUCACGGGAUUCUGGUGUGGCUCCCGUCCCUUCUGUUGGCUUCCUCAACACCAUGGCCACUACAGCCGUUCGUGGGUAGGGUGGGAAGCCGAAGGCUGGGUACCCAGUAGAGACAGAAGGCACAUGUUUGUCAACCAGCUGCACUAUGCUCUGUUUAGGUGGUGUCGUAGCAGCCGUGCCGCUGCAUGGCGCACAAUAGAGCUCGAGAGGGUGACCGUGAUAACUUUGGUGGAGCUGCUCUGUGAUGAACCAGGGGUGUGAUUAGGUAGCGGGCUUCUUGGUGCAUCACAAUCCGCCAUGACAUGAUCCUUACCAUCAGGAGGGCCGACGACAAGAACUUGAAUAACAACCUCAG